AUGCAAAAUCUACUACAAGUUGCUGAUCCCAUAACCUUGAAACUGGCGAUCGUUGGCACAUGCCGCUCCAUCCAUGCAUUCUGGAAAGGUGUUAUUGGUUGCUUCAAGGGGUUUCUGUACCCAGUGAGCCUUACUAUGGUGCACCCAGUAUUGAAAUUCGGCGUUCAACUACACGUUGCUGGUGAGAAGAUUCCAGACAUUUUCGGCGGUUUGUCCAGGCUAACGAUGUUGAGCCUGCUGUUGUGUCCCGAGUUGGACAUGCAUUUUGAGCGUUUGAUUUUCCGCCUGGCAGUUACGCAGCUUUUCCGUAGCGCGGCGGGAGAUGCCUACCACUCAUGUCCUUCCCCACCGCCGUCGACAUGGGGCUGGCCUGUUGGGACGCUGAAUCGUCUCGGCAGGAUACAUCCUCACUGCGCUCUUGAUGUUGGGCCCUGGAAGGUACAAGCUGCCGCCGUGAUAUCUGUGCUCAUCCAGGUAAAAUAUGGGCACACCGCGGCACUCGCGCCCGCACCCCAUCAAUGGCUUCGAAAUGAAAACCCCAACCGUAUUGUGGGGUUGAAUGAAGAGACGGAUACACAACAGACUUCAGCCAGACAAAUGGUUGAAUGGGAGCGAAAGAUACUACUUAUCAUCAAAAAGCAAUGA